UUAUUUUUAAGGCCCUAAUGACUGAGUAUUCACAGGAUGUGGAAGAAGUGGUUGUCAAUUCCCCAAAGCAGGUCCAGAAGGAUAACCAGUCUAUCCAGCAUUCUUUUUUUAGUGCCAAGUCAGGAGACAGUCGUAGGUCGAGAUAUAGAAACCAGUAUUUUAGUAUGAACCAGAGUAGGAGUGGGGUUUCUAAAGGAGAUUUUAAUGAAAAUCCAACCUUUUCUUCAAGUAUUCCUUCAAAAUACCAACAUGUACUCUUUUUAAGGAAGAAGUUUAAAGGGUUUAACUCCAGUAGUGAUAAGCAUUCAUUUAAAUAAGCAAGCGAAAAGAAGAUUUAAUUGAGAACCUGGGCCUGCAACUUAUCGAAUAAAGCCUCCUAAGUUAAGAAAUUAUAGUAAAAAGCACUCCUCUGGGGUUAGUUCAAGAGGUGAAAUGUAUACCUUUGAGGAAACCUCUCCUGGUCCUUGUGAUUAUGAAACUACGAAACCAAAGAACUCAAUAUGAACGGUAAAAUAUAAGAAAAGCUCUCCAAAUAUCAAAGCUCUGGAAGGAGACAACCCACUAAGCUAUGUUUUGCCUUUAACAGUCAAUCUAUUUUUUAAGAAGAAUUUCCCUGGACCUGGAGAAUAUUCUCCUCAAAGAGAAAUUGAAGAUCACGUUAAGAACGAAUACAGUAGUGCAUUUAAUUCAAAAUCUCAAAGAAGAUUUAUUAUCAAUGACAAAAAUAAUAACUUCCUCAAAUAUUCCUUCCAGCAUAAGACUAUUGAGGAAGAGAUGAACAAGAAUCUUGAAAAAUUGAAAAAGAGAGAGAGCAAGGAGACCCCUCAUAAAACUAUAUCUUCAUCAUUGAUUACUACCAAGAAUCGGACCAGGGGGAAUUUGAGCCAAGAUUUUGCAAACCUUGGCGAAAGACUCAAAACUAUUCAAGAACACUGUGGAAACCAAUCGUUCAGGUAAAUCUUUUUCAAGAAAAUACUGAAUAUUUAUAACUCCAGAGGGGAUAUAAGUCAUAAUCUGGACAAAGAAAAGAAUAUCUAUACAUCAAACUUCGCACUUCAAGGUGCUGAUAGAUUUGGUGGUUCAAUUUUCACACAACGUAAAAACUUAAAAGCUCUUGAUCCAGGAAGAUAUGGGCCUAAAAGACCUUCCAAAAUAAAAGGUGGGCUGAUAGGAACAAACAGGAAGAGGCUGAUUAAUGAUACAGUUAAAGAAGUGCCAGGGCCUUGCUACUACUCAGCCAAGAAAUCUCA